CGUCACAAUCUUUCCCAAAUAUCCAACACAGGGACGGCGUCAGUCAUCGACAAAACCUCUCCGUCCGGGGAGACUGCUCAGCCCUCCUCACCUCCACCUCCGCUUCCUCAGUCGCCUGAUCAAAAGGCCCCGCAGUUAGAAGAAGGUCAAAGGCUGGACUCGGGCACUCUCAAUCUCACCAGCAUGUACUCCUCGUCAACCCCAUCGGUGCCUCCACCAUCCUCCACCCCCCACCCGUCGCAACAAGGACCACAAGGAUUCUCCCCUCUUUUCAAUAAAUUCGAAAUGGACAGGCAAAGUUCUGCAAGGACUGUCAAUCCUCGACGCAGGCCAGGACGUGGGCCUCCGCCUCCCAAGACCACCCUGGCGGCUGUGCUUAUGCUGGUGACAGGCACGAUAUUAUUGUGCACGGGACUAGGGAUCCGGUGGCAUACCGACCCGAAGGAAAAGGAGCGAGGUCUGGCCAUGAUCAUCUUGGGGAGCUUGCUCUUUAUUCCGGGUAGCUACGCAUCAUUUCAAUUGUUUGGAGCGUGGGCGGGCUGGCCCGGGUAUUCAUACGCAUAUAUUCCUUCUUAUGACGACUGAGGGGAGCGAUUUGUAGGGAACAAAGCAGGUGCAAAGGAUAAGCAGAUGAGUCGGUGGAAUUUAAACGAAAGGCUUGCACGAAAAAGAAAAUGAUGAUUGUGGGAUACUCGUCGAACGGGCUGCCGGUAAACCGGCUUCCGUUUUACGCUCGAAGUUAUCGAAGGUCUAAUUCGGCAUCGGAUCCAGGAUUUAACAAGAGAAGAUGAUGGAGGUGAUUUGAAAACAAAGAGAUUAAGAGGGUAAAUGACUGGAUGGUAUGAAAAAGAGACUUUGUGUCAAAGGGUCAAGAGGAGAGGUGGUGUUUCGACGCCCUCGCGGGGACUUACGGCAGAAGAAUUGCGCUGUUAUAUGGUAUGUU